UGUAAACAAGGAGAGAAUAGUAUGGCGGCAGAAACGGGAGUUUCGAAGCCAGCUCGGCCUAAAAAAGAGCCCCAGCCGCUGGUCAUACCGAAAAAUGCCACCGACGAGCAGAGGCUGAAGCUGGAACGGCUGAUGAGGAACCCGGACAAACCUGCCCCAAUACCUGAAAGACCAAAAGAAUGGAACCCAAGAGCUCCACCAGAAUUUGUCAGAGAUGUCAUGGGUUCCAGUGCUGGUGCUGGAAGUGGAGAGUUUCAUGUGUAUCGCCAUCUCCGUCGCAGAGAGUAUCAAAGACAAGAAUUCAUGGAUACCUUGUCUGAUAAGCAAACGCUGGAUGACGAAUUUCAAAUAAAACUAAAGGAGAACCAAAUGAAGGCAGAGGAGAGAACAGCAAAACGCAGAUUAAAAAGACAAAAACUUAAAGAGAAGAAAAAGACUAAGAAAGCAAAGCAAGAAAAGAAUGGAACACAGAAGGAUCCUCAAAAAGUGGAAGAUAAGGAGAUUAGUGCUGAAGAUUCUGAAGAGGAUGAGUCUGAUGAAUAG